UCCGCCUCUUCUUUAUUUUGCUCUACCUGCUGUCACCAGAGCUACUGCACACCGGACUAAACACUUCCACGGCCACAGCAUGCCGGGGCUGCUGCUCGGAGACGUGUUUCCUGAUUUCGAGGCAGAGACCACCACCGGCACAAUUAAACUCCACGAAUUUCUUGGUGAUUCAUGGGGAAUCCUGUUCUCCCACCCCAGGGACUACACUCCUGUGUGCACCACAGAGCUGGGCCGAGCUGCCAGACUCAGCAGUGACUUCAGUAAACGCAACGUUAAAUUGAUCGCCCUAUCAGUGGACUUCCUGGAGGAUCACCACGGCUGGGCCAAGGUGUUGUAA